GGCCACAGAUCGGUGCUCUGCUAGGAACCAUCGGAACCAUGGCCGACGGUAAGAGCGAGACUCCAACGGAGAAGGAGACGCCGAAACCGAAACCGAGACCGAUCCUGCGUCUCGUCAUCUUCCUCAUCUCUCAAAGCUUCCUCGUCAGUGUUAUUUGUUGCACUGCUGGUGUUCUGGCUCUGCUUCUCCUUCCUGUUCUCGCCAAGAACACUUACAUCUCCGAAAAUGCCCUCAUGCCAGGUUCUGCAAGUCCCAUGAUUUCUAAUCAGGAGGUUUUGGAUGGAAAUAAAUUGGUUGAGGAUUUAACCAACCUGAAUUCUAAAUAUUUGGAUGGGGGAAUAGAAAGUCAGAGAAUCAUAGCAAAGUACAUGUCAGACUUGGGUGCUGAAGUUAGUUAUCACAAAUUCCACCCUCAGUCAAAUAGGUUUCAUCCACUGCACCUUUUUUCUGAUCCUGAUUCUAGAGCUCAAGAGAACUUUAGUUGCUCAUCAUAUGGCAUCAACACUAUUGGGAUAAUAAGGGCUCCACAUGGUGAUGGGAAAGAAGCCAUUGUCUUGGCAACUCCUUACAAUUCUUUAAAGAGUGAUCUUGGUGAGUCUUUCUCCGUAGGGAUUGCAUUCUCGGUAUUUUCCUUGCUCAGUCAAGUUACUUGGCUGGCAAAGGAUAUUAUAUGGAUUGUUGCAGAUUCACGAUAUGGAGAAUAUGCUCCUGUUGCUGCUUGGUUAAAAGAUUAUCACGUGCCUAAAUUUAGCAGUCUGAGUUCAGGAAAUGUGGAGAUGUGCCAUGAUGGUAAGAAUCUUUAUGAGUUGAAAGGCAAAUCCAUAACUGGUGAUUUUAGACGUGCUGGAACUAUGGCUGCUGCUCUGGUCUUGAAGGUCAGUGAUAGAACUGAAGAAUUGGAAGACACGGUUAGCAUUUAUGCUGAGGCAUCUAAUGGGCAGAUGCCAAACUUGGACCUCAUCAAUAUUGUAUAUUACUUGGCAGCUCACCAUAGGCAAGGUUUUCGUGUGAAGGUGGAGAGAUUAUGGUCCCUACUUGACUGCAGUUUGCUCAAAGUUUUGGGCACAAUAAUUGAAUUUGUGGGAGAAGUGGCUAGAAGCUUAAAUCCUGAAUGGAAGUUUGGCAUCCCUGCUACAGAUUAUGUCGAAGGCACUGCUACACUUGCAAGUUCAUUGUAUUCUCAGGCCCUGGGUGUUCCCACAGGUCCACAUGGUGCAUUUCGUGAUUACCAGGUCGAUGCCAUCACCUUGGAGUUUUCUCCCAAAUUUACAUCUGAUAUGAAGGUCAGGCACAAUGAUUUCUUUCUAAGAGGUGGCCGAUUGAUUGAAGGAGUUAUCCGAUCAGUGAAUAACCUUCUUGAGAAGUUUCACCAAUCAUUUUUCUUAUACCUCUUAACAUCUCCCAAUAAGUUUGUCUCGGUAGGAGUCUACAUGAUUGCAUUUGCACUCGUCAUAGCCCCACUUCCAAUGAUAGCGGCUUCACUUUAUAUCAGUGCCAAUAAUUCAAAUUCUAGUUUAAAGCAGGACAAGUCCACUUUGUCUCCUUACCCUGUUGCUGAUGAGCACAGUAACACAGUUAGAUCAUGGAGAUGGCUUAAUGCAGCAAAAGUAGUUUUUAUCAUUCACUUAUGGGGUGCUGUUGUUUCCUUACUUCCAUAUUUCAUCUGUCAGAUACCUGAUCUCACCUCAACGACUAGCUUUCUGAUCUGGGUUUUGCUUUCAGUGCUCAGCCUUCAGGUAUUGUACUCAAUUCUGGCUUCUCCUUUUCCCCAUGCAAAUGCAUCUCAACCACAAGAAGGAGAUUGGGCUCUCUUGAAAUCAGUGACUAUCUCAGCCCUCUUCAUUGGUUUGGGACUCAUGUCAGUCAUUAAUUUUGCCACAGCGGAAAUUGGUGCUCUACUGUUGGUCCCAACAUGUUUGUUGGCUCGACCUUUGAGGCUUGAUCUUAGAGCUAGAAGUUUGAGAAGCUUUUCUAGGGUGAUUUGUAAUCUGGUUUUAGGGCAUAUUGCCUUUCCUCCAGCAGCUUUCCUUGUAGUGAAAGGGGUGUUUUCAGGUUUUGGCAGCGCUAAUGUUGGUGAUUUCUGGAAUUGGGUUGAGUCCCUUUGGGCAUGGAACAGUGCUACAUAUCUCUACAUCAGUAUGGUGCACCUGCCUUGCUGGGUGUUAUGCAUUUAUAUCCUAAUUCAUACUUGUUGACACGGGUUAGUUAAUUUUGUUCUGAACGUCAUUGUUCCCAAAUGAAAGUUGACGAUCAGCAGCAAUUUUUCCUAUGUUGUGAUGCUAUCCGAUUGCAAGUUGGUUUGCAGAAUUCUAGCAGAGAUAUGGAUUAAUAUUGCGAUAGAUGCUGACAAUCCAUACUUUUUGCUUCAUGUUUAUGGCAGCAUGAAACCAAGAAUUAAAACUGCCUUCCCAUUCUACAGCCACUUGCCAAAUGAAUACCUCUCAUAUCUCCAUCAGCAGCGCUUCAUGCACAAAAAUAGAGUAAACUUUGUGUUAAUAUGUUUACUGACAAUUAUUGUUGCAUGUAAAACAAACCUACCAGUAUUUAGCAAUCCUGUCAAGGUGCUUUCCUUUUUCUCUUAAAUUUUAUGGCGUUAGAUGGUGAGAUAGUUUCUAUCAGUGUCUGUCUUUCAUAUUUAACGUCAAUCAUUCUGAAGCUUAGAGUUGCAAGUCUUUUUUGUAUGGGCGACAUUGUCAAGUGUUUUCUCUUUCAAUAGCUGGAUAUGUAUGUGCUUUUACUAUUUUGUGGUACCGGUUUUACUGGGCAUGUCCUAGCAACUUCCUCUAUUAAUUAAAUUCAUGUAUUGUU